AUGCGGGCCUCUUCGAUCUCCGCGCUGGCAUGUUUUCUCGCCUUCACGGCAGCCCAGACCUUCCAGCGGUUGGGUGGUUGUCCUGACUUGGGAUGUAUCUUCCCACCGGAUCAGGUCGACUUCCUAGCGGGUCAAUACUUUGACAUCCGCCUCGAAGUACACUCCCCCGUCAAUGGUUCUGAAGCGCGUAUUGGAGAGCCAGACGAAAACUUUACCUUCACAAUCGCCAAGAAGGGUAAUGGCAAGGGCAAAGCUCCUGUCACUGCAACGGAAUACUUUAAAAUUGAGGAACCUGAGCUAGAGAAGUGGGACUUCACAUGGUUUGAAGAUCGGUUCGCCCAGGACGCAGAUAAACCUUCCCUGGUCAAUGUGACCUCGAAGAUCUAUAGAAGAAUCGCCCUUUACGAGCCCGGCGAAUACGAGGCCACACUGACCUAUUACGGGGAACAAAAGACAGUUGCCAACUGGUUUGUUCGUGAUCUCCCUACCAAGCGGCGCGCGAAGAACGUCGUCAUGUUCAUCGGUGAUGGCAUGACAACCAACAUGAUCACUGCAGCACGUCUCAUUGCCCACCGCAGCAUCAACGGCAAAUACAUGACAAAAAUGGCAUUGGACAAGUUCCCCGUGCUGGGCCACCAGAUGACACACUCCAUGGACUCGUUCAUUACCGAUUCAGCCAACUCCGCGACGGCCCUUUACACCGGUCACAAGACUACCGUCAAUGCUUUGGGUGUCUAUGUUGACUCCUCCAGCGACGCUUUCGAUGACCCGAAAUUCGAGACAAUCGCAGAAAUCUUCCGCCGUCAGCACCCGAAGGCCGGUGUUGGCAUUGUGUCAACUGCGUUUUUGGCAGAUGCUACCCCUGCCGGAUUGGCUGCUCACACUAGCGACCGUGGCGAAUAUGACCAUGUCAUCGGCUCAUACUACGCAGGUGGUCUGACCGACUACGAGUGGACAAACUGGGACGGCCCCGAUGUGCUCCUUGGUGCUGGUGCAGAGGACUUCCUCGAGAGCGAGGAAAAGCGUGAUUACUACAAGCUCUUCGCCGAAAAGGGUUACAACGUGGCCUGGAACAACACCGCGCUACACAGCGCCCCAAGCGACGAGAAGCUGCUUGGUGUUUUCCAGAAAUCCAACCUCGCUACUUGGCUUGAUCGUAACGUCUACCAGUCCAACCUUUACAACCAGAGCAACUAUCCCGAUGGCUCAGGCCGCGACGCAGAUGAUUUGCCCGGACUCAAGGAUAUGACUCUCAAGGCGAUCGACGUGCUCGACAAGCGCCACCGCAAGGAUGGCUGGUUCCUGAUGUCCGAGGCCGCCAGCAUCGACAAGCAGAUGCACACUCUGGACUACGACCGAUCCCUGGGCGAGCUUCUCGAGCUCGACGAUACCGUGCGCGCUACUAUCGAGAAGCUCGAGAAGCUGGGCCAGCUUGAAGACACCCUCAUCGUCGUCACAGCCGACCACGGCCACGGCUUCGACGUCACCGGCUCGGUCGACACGGAGUACAUGGAAGCGCAGACGGACGACCGCAGCAAGCGCAACGCGGUCGGAUAUUAUGAAAACUCUGGCCUGUCACAAUACACCGUCGCCGGGUCCAACGCCUUGCGGUACAAUGAAGGCGUCCACUUCCCUGCCCAAUGGGACCCGAGAUACACACUGCACGCCGGUGUUGGUGCCUUCCCUGACCACCGCGAGGAUUAUCGCGUUCACAGCGGAGGUCCCCGCAAACCUGCUGUGGAGAACAAGAAGAAGGAGUACGUUGCUAACUACAAGGAUGCGGUGACUGGUUUCCUGGUCAAUGGAACCAUCCCCCUUGAUGCGGGGCAGGGUGUCCACUCGUUGACGGAUGUGCCUGUCUUUGCGCGCGGCCCGUGUCAGGAGCUGUUUGGAGGUGUGUAUAGCUCGAUUGACAUAUUUUUCAACAUGGCGGAAUGUCUGGGGUUGUCGGAGACAAAGCGAAAUGGCAAGCAUAAUUAG